AUGGCAACCCCGGCUUCGAACGAGUCGGAGGAAAGCAUCUUCCAGCUGCUGAAAAAGGCCGACACUAAAGAGUUGGAAUCUCGGGAAAAGGCCAUCAAUGAGCGGUUGCAUCGCACAUUCCAGCUAGGGCAACAACGACUGGCAGAGCUCAUUGACCAGAAUUCAACUCUGCCCACGACUGUGUCGUCGGUGACAGUCCUUGGGACCCAAAAUACCAGACAUGGCUUCCUGGGAGCCGUCGUGAAUCCUCUGUUGAGCGCCAACCGCGACCGACCAUAUACCCAAUCUGAGCUCAUACACGAAGUCGCCAGAACCGCUGAGAAGCUCAGAAAAUUCGGCAUCUUUCACGACCCGGUUUCCGUCUACCUCGACAAACCCUCAAAGACCGAUCCAACAACAACUCCCACUGAUCUUGCCGUAUACUACUCUGUGAAGGAGAAAAGCCGGAUAUUUGCAAAGACUGGAACAGAUCUUGGUAAUGCAGAGGGGUCAGCUUACGCCAAUGUGCAAUGGAGGAAUCUUUUGGGUGGUGCAGAAACUCUGGACGUAAAUGCGUCCCUCGGCACGCGCACGCGGUCAUCGUACCAAGCUACCUUCGAUACCCCCGUCCUGAGCAACCCCGACCUACGGUUUCAGGUCGGUGGGCUACAGAGUGCGACGCAGAAAAUCUUCGCUAGCCAUGAAGAAGUGCUGAAGGGAGGCUGGACUAAGUUGAGGUGGCAGAGUUCUGCGGGCUCCUUCCACGAAAUAGGGUACAAUGGUUUCUGGCGACAAGUUACUGGACUCGCCCCGAAUGCUUCACAAACAGUCAGGAACGAGGCAGGGGACUCUUUCAAGAGCAGCAUCUCCCACAUGUGGAUGGCCGAUCGAAGAGACAACUCUAUGCUGCCAACUAGAGGUUAUUAUGCCAAAACGUCGGCAGAAUUGGCAGGAUGGGGCCCCCUGCAAGGUGAUGCGGCGUUCCUGAAAACCGAAGUUGAGACUCAGUCAGCACUGUCGAUACCGAUUCCGGGGAUAGAAGGAGACAGUGGCGUGAGCUUCACUACCGGAUUUCGUGCCGGCCUGCUCUACCCUUUAACUCUAGGAUCGAAACAAAAUCCCGAAAUGUCACGGAUAAGUGACCGAUUUCAGCUGGGCGGUCCUACGGAUGUUCGCGGCUUCAGACUAUCGGGAUUGGGGCCUCACGACGGCCCAGAUGCGGUGGGUGGUGACAUAUACGCAGCUGGAAGUGCAAACCUCCUUCUCCCCCUGCCGAAAGUUGGAAAGGACAAGCCUCUACGAUUUCACGCUUUCGUCAACGGUGGGAGGUUGUUGGCCAUAAGGAAUGCAGAAAAGGAGGGUGCAAUGACAAGCCAGGAAGUUAAGCAAAGUGUUUCAGAUGCUUUUUCAGAGCUGGGCAAUGGGCUGCCGACGAUGUCCGCUGGGAUAGGGCUGGUCUAUGCCCAUCCUGUGGCGCGCUUUGAGCUCAACUUUUCAUUGCCUUUGGUCGUCCGGAGGCAGGAAGAGGCCAGAAAGGGUGUGUCUUUUGGCAUCGGCAUCAAUUUCCUGUAUAAUGACUCGUGGAAACAACCCAAGUCUGACGAAAGGCCAACUGGCAAAAGAGGCUCGGUGUGGGCACCAGCCAGUCAGAAUGCCUCCGCAGCGGAGUUUCGUUGUCGAGAGGCACCUCCGAACACAUUCGCAAACUGCACCUCCACGCAGGCGUCUAGAUUAAUCUCGUCCCCUCAGGCCGUCUACAGUCUAUACACCUCGCUUCGACCUGCACCACAACCUACUCGACGGCCUCAGCGGCCCAAGUUGAACAUGUCCUACUACAAUCAACCCUACGGCCCUGGUGCAGGUGGAGACGGCGCUGCCUCAAACCUCCAGUUCUAUCCUUCCUCCUACUCAAACGUCUCCGGCCACACGACGCCCUCACAGGCUUCCUAUGGUGGGUAUGGUGGCACCAGUAACACCGCAAGUGCAUAUCCAGGAUAUGGUGCAGGCUCUGCUGGAGGCUUUGGGGGCGGGCCUGGGAUGCAUGGUGUUAGUGGCCGCAUGGGAGAUUCUGGCGGGCUGAGGACAGGCUGGCUCGCGGCGUUUGGGACCGAAGGGUACGAAGGCGAGCCGGGUUUGAUGGAGGAGCUGGGAGUCAACUUUGGACAUAUCAAGACGAAGACACUCACAGUGCUGAACCCAUGGACGCGCCCUUCACCCCACAUCAUGGACGACAGUGAUCUCUACGGGGGUUUGCUCUUCUUGAUUCUCUACGGAACAUUCCUCGCCCUCUCCGGGAAAUUCUUCUACGGCUACAUCUAUGGCAUUGCGCUCUUUGGGUCUAUAGCUCUGCACUGGAUAUUUGCGCUCAUGACGCCGCCUAUCGACCCCAACGAUUCGGAUCAAAUGUCGCAGGCCCAACAAGACCACGGUCAAGGGCCCGGCGGACGCGGUCAUGGAGGCCACUUCUCUAGCACGCUGACGUACUCGCGAAGUGCCAGUGUUUUAGGGUAUUGUUUCCUGCCACUCGUCUUCACCUCCCUGUUCGGGGUGCUCCUGCCCAUGGACACGGCCACGGGAUACGUUAUGACGGCGAUGGCGGUGGGGUGGUGCACAUUUAGCAGUUCUGGCAUGUUUGUCAGUGUAGGGAGGAUGAAGGGAAUGAGAGGACUGGUGGCAUACCCCUUAGCACUCUUCUACUCCGGGUUUGGGAUUAUGGGUAUCUUUUCGAGCCGGGGCAGUGGCAUGUUGGAAGGGAAAGUGCUUUGA